CGUGUAUGUGAGGGACGCAGACAUCAAAUAAACAUCAGCGGCUACACACGCAUUCUGUAAUCAUCAUUUAUAGAGUUCUUUAUCGUGACGUUUCAUCUGUUUCGGGUUGACUCAUUGAACGGCUCGUGAUGGACGGCUGCGCGCAGAUGUGUAAAUGGUUUCUGAUUCUGUUCAACAGUCUGUUUGCCUUGGUGGGGUUCGGGCUGGUCUUGAUCGGCUUCUGGCUCCGGUUCGGCGCUCAAACUCAAGGAUUGUUUGACAUCGAUUUAAACACAGCAGAUUUCACGAUCGGUGUGACAGUGUUGAUGGUCACUGGUGUUCUGAUGCUGGUCACCGCAGUUAUCGGUGAUUGUGGAGUGUGUAAUCAGAGUAAAACUUCUCUUAGUGUGUUUGCUGGUCUACUGUCAGUUCUGAUGAUGGCUGAGAUCGCUGCAGGUGUGAUGAGCUUCAUGUGGGGUGGACAGAAGGUGGCAGAUUUCUACCUCACAGUCUAUGCACAGUAUGUGAACAGCAGAAGUGUUGGUCAAGCCGUCGCCCUCAAACUUUUCCACAAUGCUUUUGACUGUUGUGGCGUUGGAGGAGGGAUUGAGCUGUUUGUGCGAGACACCUGUCCUGACGGGAACUUCGUGCAGAAGUUAACUUUCUCUAGUUGUCCUAAUGUGAUCAUCAGUAUGUUCGAUUCCAAAGCACCGCUGCUGUUGGGGGGGUUUCUGGGAACAGCUGCAGUCAUGAUGGUGGCGCUGGUGUGCUGUUGUGUUCUCAGUAACAGACUGAAGGCUUCUCUCUACUCAUCUCCAUCCGUCUACUGAUGGAGGAAUGAACCACACGUGACCGAAGCUUCACACACUGUUUACUGAUGUUACACUUCAUUAAACAGAAUUUGUUUCAUUUUGUUUUGCUACAAGGCUAAAACCUUUUUACAUUUCUUAUUGUUUUCUUACUGUAAUAAAAUAAAGACACGUAUAAACUGUGUGUAAUGAAUAAGACGUCUAAUAGACACACAACUGUGGUGAAUGGGCUGCAAGGUCAAAGUUCAGGUGUGAACACAUUACAGUUACAACAACACUUUAGUGAAUAGACAUUAGUGUUUCACUGAAUGCAAAGAGUUUUAUGGUAAAGUUUUUUUUUGUUAUUUAAAUGUUUAAAAAUGUCUAUGGUUUAAUAAAAAAAUACAUAUUGAGCCUAAAUAUAAAUCUAAUAAAUGUGCAUGCUAUAUUAAGAUCAAUGUAAAAAUGAAUGACACACUGCAUUUGACAUUUCUGAGGGGCUCACAUUAAUCACUUUACCAUAAUACUGCACAAAUAACAGAUUGAGUUCUAUGAUCACUUUCUAAAGGACAAAAUUACCUGCAUAACCCUAAAAACAUUUAAAACAUUCCAAAUAAUAUUUACACCUUUUUACCCCGCAAGAAAGUAUUGAAAAGGUACAGAGAGAUAUAUUAGUGGUGAUCCAUGAGGGAAUUUUAAUGGAGGCUUGUAUGUAAAUCAAUCGAUUGUUCAACCAAUGAAAGAAAUGUUUUAUUAUUAUAUCUUUUUACUGAUAAUUCUGUUCCUGUACACAGAUGAUCUCUUCCUGAUAUAUAUACCACUAAAUAUCUCAAUUACACCAUAUGCAAAUAAGCACAUUUAUGUAACACCACAUGCAUGACUUUACAUGACUUGAAAAUCACGUGCAGAGACUGUGUGGGCUGACUGUCCAUUAUAACUUCAUAUUUGAUUCAUAAUUUUAUAUUUAGAUUAGAUUAUCACUCAUUUUGCAUUGGGAUAUAUAUUUAGGAUUUCUUUUGAACUAUUUGUCAAAGUUGAGCAUUGUUUGUUUUGAAAUGUUUUUGCAAUAAUGUGAUAUUACUGUAUGUUUACAGUCAAACCUUACCAUAGUGUUACAAAAAGACAUAGAAUAAGCAUUUUGUUACCAAUAAAACAUUUUU